AGAUAGAGCCUUACAACUCGCAGGCUGAAUUUGGAUUGCAGUGCCAGUUAUUGAAAUCCACGGUUAAUUAUUAAUAUUUUUAAUCAACCAGUCAAUUAUUGCAUAUUUACCCGUGAAUUCACCCCAGCCCAAAUGCUAGUCGAGGGCCUUCUGAAACGAGAGAGAGAGAGAGAGAGAGAGAGAGAGAGAGAGAGAGAGAUGUGAAUGGGAUCAUCCAUCCAAGGGCUUCUCUUUUCUCUGAUCGCUCCAGGUGCAACAGGGACAACUGGUUGGCCACUGUGAGAAGAGGAUGCCGGACUAGACACACCACCCACCUGAUCGAACAGCCAGGCUCUUCCGAUGUUCUUACUCAUGGUUCCCCCAAUCAGAAGGGGUUAAGCGAGGCGACUGAACCAUCAGAUUCCAUGCGCCUCACGGGAUCUGCUCAAGUGUCAGAUCGCAUCUCGGGGCGGCACAUCAGCAACCUGAGACCUGUCAGGAUGCGAGGCCAGUGGCCCAUGUAUGGAGCCUGAUGAGGUUACACACCUGGCUGGGCAAAAAUGGGGCGGCAGUGGGCGAUGCGGGAUGGGCGAGGGACAAGCCGGUUGGUUGGUUUGCCGUGUCCAGAGAACCCCACGAGCCAAUCAGCUGUUGGGCAGGGAAAACACUCCACAGAUGAUGUGCUUUGUUAUUGGCCAAUACAGAGUCAAUCAGGUCUGGUGGUACUUUGGGAGGCUGGACCAGGAGAAGGUAUAAGAGCCUCCAUCGACUGUACUCAGACAAGGUCCCUCUACUUUGGCUCCAGAAUCCGUGCUGCCGUUCUUCUUGGUUCACCAUGGCAACUCCUUUGGAAAAGUGCUUGGCCACCAUCGUCGCGACCUUCCACAAAUAUUCCGGGAAGGAGGGGGAUAAGUACAAGCUCAACAAGUCGGAGAUGAAAGAGCUCCUGAUGAACGAACUCCCCGCCUUCCAUGGCAAACGGAUGGACGGGGCAGAAUUCCAGAAGAUCAUGAAUGACCUGGACCACAACCGGGACCAGGAAAUAGACUUCCAGGAGUUCUUGUGCUUCCUGGCUUGUGUGGCGAUGGGAUUCGACGAAUUCUUUCGGGGUUGCCCCAAAUGCCCACACAUCGAGAUGCAAGCUCCCCUUGAGGAGUGCCUGGGGGUUCUGGUGAACACCUUCCACAAAUAUUCCAGCAAGGAAGGAGACCGGCUUAAGCUCAACAAGGCUGAGAUGAGGGAGCUGCUUCUCCACGAACUCCCCACCUUUGUCAGGGGCAAGAUAGACGAACCCGGGUUCAAGUACUUGAUGAAGAAACUAGAUGAGAAUGGAGAUGAGGAACUGGAUUUCCAGGAGUAUGCCGUCUUCUUGGCUCUCACCGCUUCCCUGUGCAAUGAGUUCUUCCAGGAGUGCUCAGAUGAGAACAACCGGAAGAGAUGAGGUCAGCGUUUCCAAGGGGACUUCUUUCACUGUUACACCAACCUGACCAAAAACCUGCCAGGAGGUGCUGACCAUACAGCAAUAAAGAGAAUUCAAAUUGUG